AUCUUGGUGGGUCGUUCGUUUAUCGAAGCAUUUUCAGCGGCGGCGGCGGCGGUGUGUCCAUGGAGAGUACGACCAUGCGCACGUCCAAGAGCAUUGCGCAGAGCGAGCUGCAGCAGCUGAAAGACACGCUAAGACGACUCAGUCUUGCGGACGAACAUCCAUCGCAUGGCGCCCCGAAGAUCCAUUCGCUGUUCGCACCGACAUCGUCGUCCCCAACAUCCUCCUUCCACACACCACCGUCAUCCUUUGAUAACCAAAAGGCGAUCGAUCGCUUGACAAAUUAUGCCACACACUCCAACUCCUCAUCGUCGUCGAGUGUCUCUCCUGACUGUUCAGCCAAAGCAUCGACGACACCAUCGCCGAUACUUCCGAUUCAAUCAUCAUUUGGCAACCCUGGGUCGUCCACGUCCGCCGCUGCGAACAGCAAGGCCGUGUUGUCGGCGCUGAAGGCGCUGCAGGACAAGAACCGACGCUUGGAGGAGGAAAAGGCGACGCUGGAGUCCCAAUGCGCGAGUUUGAAGGCCCAGUUACGAUCCAACGAAGCGCAGCAUCUUAGCGCGGCCAAGAAGGCUGCAUACGAGCUCGCGCAGGGCAAGGACGCCGCGCACGCUGCGUACGAAGUGCUGCGAAUCGAGCGCGAUUCGCUCACGGCGGAACUCGCGACAGCCAACCUCCGUGCGACUCACCAAGCCAACGAAAUAGACCACCUCCACGACGUUGUCGCGUCGUUCAAGGACAAAUGCGAACAGGCCAACCUUGAAACGGCGUCGCUCGAGUCGCACGUUCGCAAAGUCCAAGCCGAACUGACCGAAGCCAACCACCAGUCCAAGGAGCGCGUGGUUGAGUUGCAGGAAGCGCUGCAUGCUUCGAACCGGUCGGGAAAGGAAACGGCGCGCCAAGUGCACGCGCUCGAGGAACAGCUCAAGCGAGUCCACGAUGCCAACGCGUCGCUUGAAGGUCGUCUGCACGACACGGAAAAAACCGUAUCUCAGAUGGCCCAGCUGAAUGAAAAACUCGUGCACAACUUGUGGACCAAGGCCAAACCGUUGGCGAAACAACACACUAUUACCAAAUCGUCGAAAUCUGCGACAGCGUCUCCGCCACGUAACGUCGUCACACGCAGCACCGCCGCGAGCCGGGCGUCGUCCAAAGCAGCACGUGUUGUGCCGUCGUCCAGUGACCGCAAGCCGUCGAAGAAGAAGUCAAAGAGCUCCACGAAACCCAAGUCCAACAAUAAGGCGCAGCUCGAGCUUGCCAACAAGGGCGUGGUGCCGUUUCUACUGGGAAAGUCCACACAUCGGUCGUUUUCAGUCAUUGGCAACGCCCAGGAAGCGCUGCGGCAGUCGGAUGCGUUUCAUGCCGUCGCCCCCGACGUCCACCCCCCGCUCCAUCACACAGCGCCGCCGACGUGGUGCCGCCGCCCAGCCGAUUCCGACGACGACCAGGACCAGCACAACGCGGCAGAGCCGGGCGGCGGUGGCGGGUUGUUGUCGGUGGAUACAACAUCCUCUGGAGCACGAGGGGAUACGAAACCGACCAAAGCAAGCUUCUUGCACACGUUGAAUAAAGCUAUCCAGAGCGUCGACGCAGAGUUUCACCACCUCAAUGCACGGUACAAACCACUAGAACGGUGUUUGCUAGUACUACUACUACUAGUACAUACAUACGAGUACUAGUAGUUAGUAGUAUAUAGAUUGAGAGACUGCCUGUAGGUACAAGGGCCUGGUGGGGACAGUGGACAGUCCGGGCGUGGGCAAGACGCUGGAGCGCACCAUCGACGAGCUUGAAACCAAAGGCGAGCAGCUUUUCUUGCUCAAGCAACUGCACGCCCAGGCGUCGAAGAGCAGCAUCUUUGCAUCCCGGAGCGUCCUCCACAGCCCCGACGCAGCGGCCAAAAAGGCCGCGGCGCUGCGUGUGCUGCACGAGUACCGGACGCUGGACCGGGAGAUCAAAACCAGGUCGUCGUGUACGUCCUGACGGUCGUCGUCGUCGUCGAGCACCAUUGUACAGGUAGGGUAUGUGUAGUCGUAACCAACUCGCAAUAUCAUAUACAACGAACAUCCUGUCAAAACCCAUCACAACCAUCACCUCCAUGAUCGCAGUCGUUGUCACCACCACGGGGGACUGGAACGGCGUCGUCACCUGUUGUCAUCACGGUGGCGGUGGUGGCGCCGCCCCCGCCUACAUCGUUCUGGCGGGUCUUGUGUAGGAUGGUGCUUUGCAUGUGCUGGUCAAAGUACUCCAACGCUUUGUACACCACAGCCAUGUUGGCGGCAUUUGGGUCAUCAGUUGCCGCUGCCUCCUUGAGCUUGGUCAUUUCCGCACGCAGUCGGGCGUGGGCUGCCUCGACACUAGCCACUGAACACGAGGCCAGGAACGUCAAGUUCUCUUUCCAAGCUGGAAACGUCGUCUGCACUUCGAACGGAGCGCUUUCUGCAGCAUUGUUCAACUGCGCAAAGAACGGCGCCAGACUCGGCACGACCAAACCUGGGCCACCUUGUGGUUCUUGGGCGGCAUAUUGCCACAGCGGACGACAACAGUGUCGCAUGAUGUGUUUGCCACCAUCAUCUCCAUGUGUUUGAUGGGAGAUGGUUCUGCUGCCGAGGACUCGUCUGGACGGAGGGAAGAGGUCGGCAAGGACGGCGGGGACAUCCCACUGCGCGACGACUUGCGGCGGCAAAAUGCUGGAUGGCGCCACUCGUCGUGUUUGCUUUGAGUUUCUGUGCAACUUUCGCAUCAAC